AUGUGGCAGCAAAUGGACAAUGCUGUCAUGGGCGGGCUUAUGGGGCGCAUGUUCAGUGGUGCUCGGUCGAUGAGAUCGAUGUUUGGUGACUUUAUGCCCAGCACGGCGAGCUAUGCCAAGAACAUGAUGGACUAUAUGCCAACAGAGACGACGCGCGUCAAGUACAUCAUCCGAGAUCCGCACACGAACAAGCCAGUGAAGAUUAUCAAGAUGCGUGGCCCGCUGAAGAAGGUAGUGAAGCUGAUGCGGCCACUGCCCAAGCCCUUGGUCACAGAGCCCACGAAGCUGCAGUACGAGAAUCGCAUGCGCCAGCUCGAGAAGGAGCAGGAGCUGAUUGUCGAGGGCAAAGUGCCCAUUAGCAGCGAUGAGGCACUCAUGGAUAAGUACUUCAAGCACAAGCCCCGAACCAAUAGCAAUGAGAUUGUCUCCGGCAAGAUUAUGGAAUACCAGAGCUGGAAGCCAGUCUACAAGUCUGGCGAGCAGCCCACAUCUUAUGUGACGCUGCGGCCUCAGGCCAUGACACAGCUGCACACACAAAUCACGGCCAGCAAGGACAGUCAGGAUUACCAGGGAGUACCGCCUGGCAAUAUGCUGCCCAAGCCCGAGAAGCUAGUCGGCCGUCGUCCAGAGCUGGACGAGGAGGACGACGACUUCGAGCAGGUCGAAGAGGACAGCGAAAAUGAGCUGGCCAAGCCGCCGGGGCAUCAGUACGAGGUGACCGAGCACACGGGCGAGGCAAGCGGCGAAGUGCAAUCCUUGGCGCCCAUGGAAGGCGGCUUUGUGCCCUCCAAGCACAACCAUCACAGCAACCAUCCCAGCAACAGCGGCAGCCACUCGAACCGUCCGCGUAGUCGUGGCAACAGCCUUGCCCCACCGACUACCACGACAACCGAGCUGCCCAAUUAUCCGCCAGCUUUUUUGAAAAAGUAUCGCGCGCAGGAGGCCGCUGUCAACGCAAAGCCCAGCAGCAGUAAAUCGAGACCCAAGCACCACAAAGAGCUGAUCCUCACAGAGAGCAGCCCACAGUCCAAUGUUAGCUUUGCGAUGAGCAGCCUACGCGCACGCCUCCAGGAACAGCAGCGGCAAACCAAGCAAGAGGAGCGCGACGCCGAAAUGGAGGCGGCCUUGGUGGAGGCGAUGCACGGCGACAAAUGGCCAGCGGAGGUGCAGCACAGCAGCAGUUAUCUGACCAGUCCCAUCGGACCCAGCGCUGUGGCCUUCGACCAGGCCGUACAGCCCGUAAAGCUGCCACGCAGCGAACACAAGAGACAACGCGCAAAUGUGCGACAGCGCGGAUCCAUCAAGUUUAGCGAUAAUCCCAACGAGGAGGUGUAGCCCAAGGGCGCGCACCAGU